AAAAAAACUUUUUUACCAUUUCAAAAAAAAAAGGUCUUCUCCUCUCUCUCCCUCUAGGACCUGGUCACAUCCUCGACGUCUCCACUCUUCCUCGAAUCAUCUUCUUCGUCCUUAUCUUCUUCACCAAUAUUAUAUUUUGUGACUCUUCUGACAAAAUUUAAUCCGAUUUCACGUCCUUCACCCUCUCUCUCUCUCUAUAAAUAUAUAUCACGUUUCUGUUACUCUGUAUCGACCGGUUCGAAAUCGGGGUCAAACCGGCUCCGAGCAAUCUCCAGGGCUCGAGAAUUUCGAAUUUUAAUCUGGUCUGAUGGGAUCAGAGCCUCGGGAAGAAGACCCGAGGCGCGAACUGAUUGACUUGCCUGUUCUUCACAAACUCAAGCUCUACAGUACUCGCACGAAUUUUUACUUGAUUGGGAGAGAUGAGAAGAAGACGUUUUGGAGGAUUCUUAAGAUAGAUAGAACGGACUCAAAGGAGUUGAAUUUAUUCGAAGAUCCAACAAGGUAUACACAUGAUGAAAUAGGCCAACUUAAGAAAUGGAUUAGUAGAGGGAACCAGGAGUAUGGUGGCCUUAGAGCAGAGACUACUUGCUAUGGAAUCAUUGGUAUGUUUGUCCCAAAACCAUUGUUUUUUUUCUCCUCUCAGUGUUUGUGUCGUUUUGAAGUAAUGGAGAGCAAUGUUGAUUCUCUGGGUGCAGGUUUUGUUAGAUUCUUGGGGCCUUAUUACAUGCUUGUGAUAAAAAGAAGAAAGAAAGUGGGGGAGAUCUGUGGCCAUAGUGUUUAUGGUGUAGCAGAGAGUCAAAUGAUCAUGGUUCCAUAUCCUUCCGCUGAGACCAGAGUGGCUGGUUCUGCAGCUGAGAAAAGGUACAGGAAGCUCUUCAACAUGGUUGAUCUUAGCAAAAACUUCUACUUUAGCUACACCUAUCACCUUAUGUACUCCCUGCAGAAGAACAUCUGCAACACUGAGAGAGGAAAAGUUCACGACAACAGUAUGUUUGUGUGGAACGAAUAUUUAACACGUGGGAUCAGAGGGAUCAUCAAGAAUACUGUAUGGACAGUUGCACUGAUAUACGGAUUCUUUGAACAAAUUAAAUGUUCAGUAUCUAAUGAGGAAUUUGUUUUGACUGUCAUUGCUCGACGUUCACGCCGUUAUGCUGGUACAAGAUAUUUAAGGCGUGGUGUAAAUGAGCAAGGUAGUGUAGCCAAUGAGGUUGAGAUAGAGCAGAUCGUCUCAAAAGAGGUUUCAGAGGGGAAGAAAAUCCCUAUAACAUCAGUUGUGCAGGUUCGAGGCUCCAUACCACUAUUCUGGUCUCAGGAGACAUCUGUGUUCAAUCCACAACCCGACAUAAUAUUGAACAACAAUGACGGGGAUUACAAGGCUACUAAACUCCAUUUUGAGAAUCUGAGACAGAGAUAUGGGAAGCGGAUAAUCAUCAUGAAUCUUCUAAAAAAAGAUGAUAAAAAGCAUCGAGAAAGCCUCUUAAGGGCAGAGUUUGGAAAGGCAAUCUGGUCUAUCAACAGAGAAACGGAGAAGGAGAAUCGUUUAAAGGCAAUUCAUUUUGAUCUAAACAAACACUUCAAAAGUGGAGUUGAUGGUGCAUUCGAGCAGUUGUGUGUCCUUGGGAAGAGAGCAUUGGACUUAAUUGACUUAUUUUUCUGUGAAGCUCCGUUAGGCAUAGGAACUGGAAGUGUAAUUAACGACUCAUUCUUCAAUAACCCUAUUCUGAAACAAGAUGAAGAGGAAACUAUUCAAGAAAAUGAAGCUUUGAAAGUGGAUAUACAUAAGCUUCAAAGUGGGGUCUUGAGGACAAACUGCGUAGACUGCUUGGAUCGUACUAAUGUUGCUCAGUACUCCCACGGAUUGGUAGCUCUUAAUCAGCAGCUGCGUACAUUGGGUAUCACAGGACCUCCUAUCGUCGAUAAGGACAAUCCCGUGGCAAAGAAACUGAUGGAAGUUUAUGAGAACGCAGGUGACGCAAUUGCAAUUCAGUAUGCUGGCUCGGAAGCACACACCAAGAUGUUCAGUGCCCUGAGAGGUGAGUGGAACAUGAUGAUGAAACACCGUGACAUCAUCACAGCUGUUCGUCGUCACUACAACAAUGCUUAUCAAGAUGGUGAAAAGCAGAACGCCAUCAAUGUGUUCUUAGGGAAAGCCGGGCCUCAAUUGGGAAGGCAGUCCCCGUGGGAGUUGGGUUCUGACCAACGCAACACUAGAAGAACUAGUUCUAACCUAGACAGGGAAAACCUGAGGCCAAAAAUUUCAAGAUCCUUUUCUGAUAACCUUCUUUUAUUGGGUGAAUUGAAUUUGGAGGAGCCAAUACUUGAAAAUCCAGAGCCUUCACGUGAAGGGUUAAACGGUGUUAUAUGGGAAACAACUUCAGAUUCUGGAUUCGUUGAAGCUGAACCAGCUUCUCCAAGCUUCCGCUCAGCUAUUGGCGAUGAAGAUCAUUUGAUAAGAACAGGAUCAAGACAAAUGUUACAAGGGAGUAACUCUAUGUCUGAUUUUCUCGGGCUGGAUGAUGUACCUGGCUUUUCACACUCUUACAAUGCUAGAUUCACUCCCGCAAACGAAAUGUUUGAAAUUUGCAGCUCCGUGUCAUCAGAUAACAUGUUCACGGACAUGGACGAAUCCAUCACUUCUACAAAUGAUACGAACAUUCUUGAGUUUCCUAGCCAUUUGAAUGAACCAGGAGGUUUCAUUGAAUAUCCUUUAGUAAAAGGAUACUCAAAUGAAUUCACUCAUUGGGUUAUACACGGAAAAUCAUCAUUGUCAAGGGUUCCAUGAUGAAACGUGUGCCUUGCAAGAGAAGUUAACGGUAGUUACUUAUCACGUAAAGCAGGCGUGGACAGGCAAGAUAACAGAAACACACAACAGCCACAUCUUUGUAAAUACUAGGCUCAGCUCUGUACAGGUCCCGGCUUCUUGUAUUUUGUUUUUGUUUUUUCCUACCAAGGUUCUCUCUUUUUUUUUCAUCACUCACAAAAUUUGAUUUUGUUUGUUUUUGGUAUAUAGAGGGUUUGGUUUGGUUUGGUUUAAUUAUUUUGUUGUGGCCCAAUGGCUGAACCGCAAUGAAUUGUGUGAUUAGAAGGUUGGAAGCAACACACCAUAUUACACUUCCUAGUUCCUAUUCCAUCUAACAUUAUUUGAGAGUUAGAAUAGAUUCAUGGACCAAUGCCUCGUUGUAUUCAAAAAUUACCAACAAGCCAAACAUAUCACAUGCGAAAGUUAUUAGACGUGAGUCACAAGAAACACAAUGAACUGAAUAAAGC